AUGGCCGUUCCUGCUGAACUUACCUCCCUGGAUAUCUCUGGUAGAUAUACCAUGAACAAAUCCCUCAGCGAUAGCACCGACGCUAUCCUGUCCCACCAGGGCGUCGGCUGGUUUAAGAGGAAGGCCAUCAGCGUUGGCACCAUCACUCUGUUCGUCAAGCACUUCAAGGACGAGAGCGGUGUUGAGCAGAUCAACAUUGACCAGACUAUCACUGGUGGUAUUCCUGGAACCAGCGAACAGCGAACGUUGUCAUGGACGGAGAAGGAGCACGAAGACCAUGUCUUCGGUCCCAUACUCACCAAGUCGAGGCGUGUCAAGCCUUCUGAGAUCGACAUCGAUUUCCUGAAGAACGGAUGGACCGCUGACACUCUCGAGAACGGUGUUAUCCAGUCAUACUCUGAGAGUAAUACCCCCAAGAGUGGAACCACUUGGAUUGCCAACCAGGCGUGGGGUAUCAAGGAUGUCAACGGCGAGCGACGAUAUGUCCGUCACGUCAAGUUCACUGGCCCCAAGGGCGAAGAUAUCGAGGCCGUCUUGGUUUACGAUUAUCCCCCAUCACCCCUCCUUGACAUAAAUUUCACUGCCCGCGCUCAUCGCGUAUCCAUCCCUAUCGAAACCACCUUGGUCAACGCCGCACGACCAUUUAGAAGACCUUGGGUAUUUGCUCUCGUAGCUAUAGGCUAUAUCAUUGGCAUUGCCUUCCUCAGCCACGCACAUUCGUUUUCGCUCUCUGACGACGCAAUAUUCCUCGGAUGCACGUCGACGUUGUGGCUCGCCAACAGCCAAUGUGGUCUCAACGGACAACAAUGUUUACCAUUGAACACAUCUGCGACAUACGAUUUCCGCUGCCCUCCUGGAUGUGGGACCCUGCUUCAGAAUCCACGUACCAUUGGAGCAGAGGAGAUGGACUACGUCCCUUUGGUUGUCGGUGGGGGAGAUGAAGAGAAAACAUACAGAGCGGAUAGCUUCAUCUGCUCAGCCGCAAGCCAAGCUGGCAUAAUCACGACAGCCAAAGGAGACCAAUGUGCAAGACUCCAUCUCGUCGGCGAAUUUACCAACUUCCUCGCCCACAAGGCCAACGGCGUCGAAUCGUCAGGAUUUCCCACCACCUUUCCCCUCGCAUUCAGGUUUUCUAAAGACACUGGAAUCGGCAAAUGCAACGACUUGCGCGAUGCUGGUUUAGCUGUCGGUGUUGUGGCGACGGCUAUACUCUUCCUCGUGCUCCAACCGAAGCCGAUUGUGCUUUACUGGUCCCUCAUUUGCAUUGGGUUUUGGACCAUCAGCCUUUUCACCGACUCUGGAACUGCUGUCCCUGACCUCGAACGUCAGUUCGGGCGGUUCUUGCCGCUGCUAUUUAUAUCUUACGCCUUUUGGAGGGGGGCACUACGUUACACCUUACCUGCCAUCGUGAAGGCACCUAUAGAAGGAUUUAUCCUUUACGGGAGCGGAUUCUGGGUCGGUGUCCUGAAUAACAAAACAUUCGACCAACUCCCAUUGAGUCGACUCACAGCUUCCGACCUUAACAAGAGGCCGGGAAGCCUUGCAACAUUCAUCAUCCUUCUCCUCGUCGUAUUUAUCUGUGGUGUCAACCAAGCUCGCAUCAUGCGCAAGACUGGCUGGCUCCUAUUCUACGUCCGAUGGUACGCGGCUGCGGGCGUCGUUCUUCUAGUCCUCGCAUUACUCCCGACACUGUCUCUUCGUCUCCAUCAUUACAUUCUCCCAAUGCUUCUUCUGCCCGCCACAGCCUUCCCGACGCGCCUAUCCGCAAUCUAUCAAGGCGUCCUUAUUGGCUUGUUCCUUCACGGCGUCGCAAGAUGGGGCUAUGACUCGAUCGUUCAGACUGCAGCUAGCCUUCGCCAAGAUGCCGUCCUGGGCUCCGUGCUACCCACAUUCCUUACCAAUUCCACAACGUAUAAUUCCAGUAUACCCCUCGCCAACCAGACUCUCGCUUGGGAACCUAUUAUUCCAGGCGACCCUUGGGUUGGUUUCUCACUUCUCGUGGAUGACGUCGAGCGAUAUGUCGGCCUGGCUGUCGAGUACUCGUUGGCGUCAUUAGAUCCCACCCUCCCCCAUUUCUUCCGUCUUGCGUACAAAUCGGAUAUCACCCUUGGAGACUACACAAAGGCGGCCAUAUUGUGGCCCAACGGAACGUGGGUGGAUCCUGCUCCAGGGCCUUCUUAUUAA